AGCAUCCUCAGUUUGUGGCGAACAGUUUGGUUUCCAACGGGCAUGCGUGAAGUACGCUCAUAUCGGUUCGGAAUAAACAGCGCUAAUCAAAUAUUUUUUAAGGAGCUGAGUGAGUGUGAGUGUCAAAUGAUGGGGCUUAAAGGCGUUAUAUACAAAGGCAUGUGGGGGCUUACAGCGCUUACUACAACCUGGCGAUUGGUGCUAGGAAUAUUGUAUUUGGCACCAAUACUCCAGGCGCAUAUUCGUUUCGAAGCACCGGAAAUUCAUGUGGGACCAAAGUUUCAACCAGCGUUCGUUCGAUCAGCAGUUGAGAGUAUGCCUUUAGAAGAAAACACUGAAGUUCAUAGUCGCUUUAGUAUUCAACCUGUCCCUGGAAACAUGUUCAUACCUAUUCGAAGCGCUGUAGAGAGUGUGCCAACAGUAAAUGAGGAAAACGCGGCGCAGUUAAGAAAAACAAGCGAGCAUCGUUUUUUUGUGAGAGACUCGGUUGAAGCACCGCCAAGUGAGGAAGAAGAAGAAAACAAAAUUAAAAACUAUGUGUCAAAUGUAGCAAACCACAAUCAUAUAUUUGAGGCAGAUCCAUGGACCGUUUCCGAUAAAUAUGCCGCCUUUAUUGCAUCCAAGAAAUCUCAUAAUAACGACCCACAGCCGUACCGAGAGGGCUCUCCCAAUCAAGAACUACUUAAAACCGUUGAUAUCGAACAGUUGGAACACAUCGAAGAGUUAGAAUCUUAUACAGAGCAGAAACCGUAUGGCGCACUAUCACACCUAGGCCAACAAAAUCUUGAACAAUCUUAUGGAGCUCUAUCGCAUAAAAAUCUUAAUUUAUCUCCCAUGGUUCUCUGUUAUAUGUCAAAUUGGGCUUUUUACCGCAAAGGCGAUGGUCAUUUUGUGCCCGAGAAUAUUGACAAAAAGCUUUGUUCAACCAUAAUUUACUCAUUUGCUUCGCUUGACCCUGACCUCUUGACUAUUCGCGAGUUUGAUCCGUGGGUGGAUUUGGAAAACCAGUUAUAUCGCCGCGUAACUUCACUUGAUAUUCCUGUUAUGAUUGCAAUGGGGGGCUGGACGGACUCUAGCGGCGACAAGUAUUCACGUCUAGCCGGCGACGAAAUCAAACGAAAGGUAUUUGCCUCUAGUGUGGUAAGUUUUUUGCAGCGUCACGGAUUUAGUGGCUUGCACUUUGAUUGGAACUAUCCAAAGUGUUGGCAAAGCGAUUGCGCCAAGGGACCUGCAAGCGAUCGUCCAAAUUUUACUUUGUUGCUCCGUGAAGUGCGAACUGAAUUCCAAAGAGUAAAUAAAAAACUAAAACUCGGAGUGGCGAUUUCGGGAUACAAAGAAAUUAUUUCGGAAGCCUAUGAACUUCCUGUGCUCUCAGACAUUGUAGAUUACUUGACGGUCAUGACUUAUGAUUACCAUGGUUCUUGGGAGCGGCAAACUGGGCAUGUUAGUCCGCUAUACGGAUCUAAAUCAGAUAAGUACCCACAAUACAAUACAGACUACACUAUGCAGCUAUUAAUGAAGAUGGGCGCAAGCCGUAACAAGUUAAUUUUGAGCAUACCAUUUUAUGGACAAAGCUUUACUCUAGAAAAAAGUCACGAAAACCGGGUAGGCGAAGGAAUUCCAACAACUGGACCAGGUGAAGCUGGCGAGCUGACAAAACAGCCAGGAAUGCUGGCUUAUUACGAGAUUUGUCAACGUAUAAGAAAAUCAAAGUGGUUGAGCGGUAGGGACCCCACCAAGAAGUCUGGUCCUUAUGCUAUGUUCAAAGACCAAUGGGUAGGGUAUGAGGAUCCUUCGAGUAUUGAAGCAAAGGCUCGCUAUGCCGCCAAUAACAAUUUUGCUGGUGUAGCAGCCUGGACCAUUGACUUAGACGACUUUCACAAUCGCUGCUGCAGUGAGUCUUUUCCGCUUUUAAAAGCUAUUAAUCGUGGUCUAGGUCGAUUAGAUUCAGAGCCGCCCACUCAAGUUAAUUGUGACCGUCCGUCGCCAGUAUCAACCCCAAAACCUCCCCAAAUGACCACUAUUAGUAAUGAUGGAUCAGCUGGUGUAGAACAAAAUCACGAACACACUACCACUAGGCCAAGCGGUAAUAAUAGUACUACGAGGGCUCCAAAAAAUACCACUAAAAGACCUACCUCCACCACUAAUAAUCCCAUCCCCACAUCUUGGUGGGUGUCUACUACAACUCGUCGGCCUUCCAAGCCAACUAAAACAACCACUAUCCCAGUUCAUACAACUUUACCAUAUCCAGCAGUUAUUUAUCCCAUACCGCAGACGUUUGUAUGUACUCCCGGUGAAUUUUAUGCUGACAAAAAGAAUUGUAAUGCUUAUUACCACUGCAUAAUUUCUGGUGAGCUACGCCAAAAGUUCUGUCCAGGCGGCCUACACUGGAAUAACAAUACAAAAGCCUGUGACUGGCCGUCCUCAGCCAACUGUUUAAUUAAAAGUGAGCAGGAAACAAGUUCCACUCAGCCUAGUUCCAAAACAACAGAAAAGCCCAGCAUAAAUCUAAUAACAUCAGCUCAGCCACAAAUUAGCACAAUUUCUACUAAACGACCAAACCACUCUACUGAUCGUCCACAUCAUCCACGUCCGACCUUAUCAAACCAAUGUAACGAAGCGGAAUACUAUACACAUAGAAACUGUGGAAAAUAUUAUAUUUGUGUAAAUGGCGUCCUUGUGCCCAGCGAAUGUGGUGGCAAUCUUCAUUGGGAUGCUAUUCGCAAAAUAUGCGACUGGCCAAAAAAUGUCCAGUGUGUAACAUCUAAAAAAUAUCUUAAAAUAAUUCAGGAAAGCCGUGCCAAUGAAGAAGAUCCGUGCAACGGCGAGGAAAGAGUGCCCUAUCCCGGUGACUGCUCAAAGUAUCUGUUUUGUCUAUGGAACCGCUUGCAAGGCGCAGAUUGUCCACCUGGGCUGCACUACAAUGAGGCUAUUGGUAAUUGCGACUGGCCGACUGCUUCAAUGUGCCUUCUAAAUCAGCAAAGCUCUAAGCCACAGGCUCCCGCUAAACCUGCACCCACCACCCAAAGCCCGAUGACAACUACAGCGGCUACUUAUCCUACUGAUAAACCAGAUCUGGACGCCUUAAAUGGUUACUUUAAAGUGGUUUGUUACUUUACGAAUUGGGCUUGGUACCGUAAGGGACUAGGCCGCUUUACUCCCGAUGAUAUAAACACAGAUCUAUGUACGCACGUGGUUUACGGAUUUGCUGUACUAGACUAUUCAGAAUUAAUUUUGCGCACCCAUGACUCCUGGGCAGAUAUCGACAAUAAAUUCUAUACACGUGUAAGCAGUUUAAAAAAAAAAGGCAUCAAAGUGAGUUUGGCACUUGGUGGCUGGAACGAUUCACAGGGAGAUAAGUAUAGUCGACUUGUAAGAAGUCCUUCGGCACGAGCUCGAUUUAUCAGUCACGCCAUCGAGUUCAUAGAAAAGUAUGGAUUCGAAGGACUCGAUUUAGACUGGGAAUAUCCAGUGUGUUGGCAAACCGAAUGCAAUAAGGGACUCGUAGAAGAAAAGGACGCAUUCACUGCGUGGGUUCGGGAACUCUCUGAGGCAUUCCACCCACGGGGAUUAUUGCUGUCUACGGCUGUCUCACCUAGUAAAAAAAUAAUUGAUGCUGGUUAUGACGUGCCGCAGAUUUCUCGCUACUUUGAUUGGAUAGCUGUGAUGACUUAUGACUUCCAUGGACAAUGGGACAAGAAGACUGGUCAUGUAGCACCCCUUUAUUAUCAUCCUGAUGAUGACGUCGACUAUUUUAACGCGAACUUUUCACUAAACUAUUGGAUCGAAAAGGGAGCGCCUUCUCGAAAAAUCAUUAUGGGUAUGCCUUUAUAUGGCCAAUCCUUCACUCUGGAAAGUGCUAGCAACAACGGCUUAAAUGCUAAAGCACCGGGCCCCGGUCAGGCUGGUGAGUUUACGAAAGCUGCAGGAUUUCUGGCCUUUUAUGAGAUUUGCGAUCGAGUUAAGAAUCAAGGUUGGGAAGUUGUUCAAGAUAAUCUUAAGCGCAUGGGCCCGUAUGCACGAAAGGGUACUCAAUGGGUAUCCUACGACGAUCCUGCUAUGAUUCGCAGAAAAUCGGAAUUAGUAAGAACCUUAAACCUAGGCGGCGGCAUGGUAUGGGCUCUGGAUCUCGAUGACUUUCAUAAUAGAUGUGGCUAUGGAGUGUAUCCUCUUCUACGGGAAAUUCACGAUGUGCUAAAAUAUCCUCCAGGGGUCUUCAAGCCAUCAGAAUCUGUGGAAGAAAAUAUUUCGGAUGAAAUAGAGACAUCAUCGAAUAUCGAAUUUUUAGAAGCUCAUAUUGAUGUGCAAGCUCUUGAUUGGGAAAGUGAGAAUUCAACUGAAGAGGUUUUAAAUAACAACGAAGAGGCCUUAGAACACAUCGAAGGGGAUCCCGAUUAUGAUGUCGAAGAAACCAAUUUAGAAUUUGGACCGGACGUCCCCCUAACAAAUAUUAGUGGGAGACCGGACUAUAAAAUCAUUUGUUAUUUCACAAAUUGGGCGUGGUACCGUCAGGGUGGUGGAAAGUACCUUCCCGAGGAUAUCGAUUCAGACCUGUGUACACAUAUUAUUUAUGGUUUCGCAGUACUUAACCGUGACAAUCUGACUAUUCAGCCCCACGAUUCCUGGGCUGACUUGGACAAUAAGUUUUACGAGAGAGUUGUGGCCCAUCGAAGUAAUGGUGUGAAAGUUACAGUUGCCAUUGGAGGCUGGAAUGAAUCGGCAGGUGAUAAAUACGCCCGUUUAGUGAGAAGUUCGAAGGCGCGAGCCGUGUUUAUUGCUCACCUUUUAAAGUUUAUUGAACAGUAUGGAUUUGAUGGGUUGGACUUGGACUGGGAAUACCCAGUAUGCUGGCAGGUUGACUGUAAAAGAGGGACCUCUGAUGAAAAACAAGGAUUCACUGCCUUAGUGCGAGAACUGUCUCAAGCUUUCCGACCAAGAGGCCUCCUUCUCUCAGCAGCGGUAUCCCCAAAUAAAAAGAUUAUUGAUUCUGGAUAUGAAGUGCCUGAACUGUCUAAAUAUUUUGACUGGAUUGCAGUGAUGGCUUACGAUUAUCAUGGGCAGUGGGACGGGAAAACCGGUCAUGUGGCACCAAUGUAUGAUCAUCCUGAGGGUACUUCCACCUUUAACGUCAACUUUUCAAUGAAUUAUUGGAUAAGAAGUGGAGCUGACCGAAGAAAACUGGUGAUGGGAAUGCCAAUGUAUGGGCAAUCUUUCUCUUUAGCUCAAAUAAGUGAUAAUCAACUAAAUGCUCCUACUUAUGGUGGGGGCGAAGCUGGUAUGGCUACAAGAGCCCGGGGAUUUCUAUCCUAUUAUGAAAUUUGUUCGUAUAUCCGACAGCGAGGAUGGACCGUCGUACGGGACAAUCGAGGCCGCAUGGGGCCAUUUGCUUAUUCUCGGGACCAAUGGGUUUCUUUUGAUGAUGCACCUAUGAUUCGGCAUAAAAGCGAGUAUGUGAAGGCAAUGGGUCUGGGAGGAGCCAUGAUCUGGGCCCUAGACCUGGACGACUUUGAAAAUCGCUGCGAUUGUGAAUCUUAUCCUUUACUUAAAACUAUUAAUCGUGUACUGCGUGGAAAUGGAGGACCGCCAACAAAGUGCACACUUGAAAGGACUGAAAAAACAAUGAUUGCUGGACACAACCCAUCAAAAAGGCCCUCAUCAAGCACAGUUCCAAGUAAUAAUGCAGCUUUCCAAGUUAAUGUUGCUGAUUUAUCAAAUAUCGUGCAACCAAACCACAACAUCGACUGUGAAAAAAAUAACUAUUUUAUCCAUAAUCAAGACUGUAAUAAGUAUUACAUAUGCCAUCAUGGGGAGCUCGUAGAACAACGUUGCCCUUCGGGUUUGCAUUGGAACGAAAACCACUGCGACUGGCCUGCAAAUUCAAACUGCUCAGUGCGUUCGGACCAAACUACCAAGGCGCCAAUUUUGAACCAUUCCACAUCCCCUCAUGACAAUGUGAAACCUGAUCCUACAAAGCCGCUGAACCCUCCCAAUAAAAACCCCAAACCUCAAAAUAAGCCCACAACAGAUGCAUCAGUUUAUAAAGUUGUUUGCUAUUUUACUAAUUGGGCCUGGUAUCGACCCGGGCAGGGAAAAUUUUUGCCGGAGGACAUCGACUCCAACCUGUGCACUCACAUUGUCUAUGGCUUUAUAGUCCUUGACAGCAAUACAUUGACCGUAAAAACUCAUGAUUCCUGGGCGGACAUAGACAAUAGAUUCUAUGAACGCGUUUUAGAAUACAAAAAGAAAGGAAUACGGGUGACGGUAGCCAUUGGAGGUUGGAAUGAUUCAUUGGGUAGUAAGUAUGCACGUUUAGUGCUAAACCCUUCAUCUCGGAAGCGAUUUAUUGCAAGCGUCUUAAGCUUUCUUGAAAAAUACGGCUUCGAGGGAUUAGACCUGGAUUGGGAGUACCCAGUAUGCUGGCAAGUUGACUGUUCCAAAGGCUCCUCUGCGGAGAAGCAAGGUUUCACAAAUUUAGUUAUGGAACUAUCGAUUGCCUUUAAAGCCAAAAACCUCCUUCUCUCUGCUGCAGUUUCACCAAGUAAGUUGGUGAUCGAUACAGGCUACGAUAUACCACAGCUGUCGCGGUAUUUUGAUUGGAUUGCUGUUAUGACGUAUGACUUCCACGGGCACUGGGACAAGCAAACGGGUCACGUAGCACCACUUUACUAUUUGGAUACUGACACCAACCCAUAUUUUAACAGUAAUUUUAGCAUCCACUAUUGGUUAAAUAAUGGCGCACCUGCAUCAAAGAUUGUUAUGGGUAUGCCGCUUUACGGUCAGUCCUUUUCUCUGGCAAACCAAAAACAAAAGUCGUUAAAUGACAAAACUAUCGGACCCGGAAAAGCGGGUACCUACACACGUGCUGGUGGAUUCUUAGCCUACUACGAAAUAUGUGAAAAUAUCAACAAUGGGGGAUGGAAUGUGAUUAAAGAUCCCAUUGGUCGCAUCGGUCCCUAUGCCUACAGUGGCAACCAGUGGGUAUCCUACGACGAUGUAAUGGACAUUCGGCGCAAAGCACAGUACGUGAAACACAUGAAAUUGGGUGGAGGAAUGGUGUGGGCCGUUGAUUUGGACGAUUUUCAUGGACGCUGUGGAUGCGGAAAACAUCCAUUGCUAAGGACUCUUAAUCAAGAACUACGAGACAUACCCGGACAGCGGACCAACGAUUGCACUUAAACAUCGUUCAUGACUACCGGAAAACUAGGUCAUAAGUAGUUGUGUAAUUUCAAUUCUUUUAAAAAACUGUACUUUUGAUGAUUUUAAGUACUCUCUUUUAAUUUUAGGCCAAUAAUUACGUCACUGUCAUUAUAAGUCAAUACUAAUUAAAUUUUUUUAUCAAUAAAUUAAACUACGGAUUUUAUUAUA